UUUAUUUUAUAUUUAUUUUUCAUUAAAAUCUCAGAUCCAAUUAAAAAAUGAGAUCUUCGUUAGAGGCUUCACCAUCUUCAUCAUGCAGAUCGAAGAAACACAAGGAUCUGAGCUCAAAACUCGUUUCUUCAGAUUCGGUUUCGCUCAAUACCAAGACACCGGAGAAACCACCGGAGCUGACGCGCCACACGCGCCGCACGCGCAAUCGGGGCGUAGCGCUCUCGUUGUCGGAGGUGCGGAGAGUUGCCAAGGGCCUCCAGGAGCAGCGCGGCCGUGAAACGACGUUGUUUGGCGACAAAUCUGCGAGGAGGCAGAUCGAGCUGCGUUCGCCGAGCAAACCCCAAAAAACCAGUUCCGAUGAAGAAGAAGCCUUCAAGCUUCCCGAAAAGUAUGAGAUUUUGGGCGAGUAUUUUGCUAGGUUGGAUUGUUCGAUUCGACUGCUGCGCAUGAAAGGAAUGACACCGUCUUUCUCCAAAAUCAGCCACAAGAUUGAAAGUUUAACUGAUAGGAGGUUUACACUUAGUCAUUUGGCUCAGUUGAAAUUCGUGUUGCCUGAGGCAAUUGUGGCUAAGAAGGUGUUAGUGUUUGAUGAGAAGACAAGUUGUAUGAAGCCAGAUCUGCAUGUCACUAUUAACUAUGAUGCGGUGGAGUAUGCAUCAAAGUUGCCAACCGAAGGCGGCCGGGGCAUGCUGUUGAGGAAGUUGUUCCGUGCGCGGCUGAGAGAUUUUGUUGAAUCCCAUCCUGGGGGAGAUGAAAUUCCGGAAGAAGCGCUACCCGAACCAUUCAACCCAAAGCAACAUCGUCUAUCAGACAUAUUGACAAGGCCUUUCUCAUCUAAGGCGACAAUAUCGGAUGCAGAUGCAGCUCACCCUUCAACAGUAUCAUCGGCAGUCAUUCCGGAUAAUGACACUGAAAUAGACUUGUUAGAACCUGUUAGGACAUCAAUUGAAUCCCUUAACCAGCAACCAUCAGCAGCCUCUCAUGUGCCUCAAUCUUUCAGAAGACGGUUCUCUCAGAGGUUGAAGGAAAAUGGAACAGAUAAUAAUGCACUGGAAAAAUUGCCAUCAGAUUCAUUGCAAACUGUGGUUUUACCGGAUUCAGAGUCAGGCCUGAGUGAUAGACCUACCUCAGAAGGAGCCAGUAAUGAAGUAUGCCUCACAAAUUGUUCUUCAUCUGGUGCUCCACUUGCUACUCCAUGCAAAACCAUUGAACAUACAGAAAAUAAUGGGUCUCAAAAAUGCUUUGAUGCUGUGUCAACCCCAGCCAAAUGUAUUUCUACUCCAGCCAGCAUAACACCUGCAUUGCCUACGCCUCCUAAGAGACAAUUCAUGAGUCCAGAGGAUAACUCUUCCACUACUACUAACAAGUUGGUUAGGCGCCCACCUCCAUCGCUAAGGUCGUUGAAAUUCGAAACUCCGGUUAAAAAUAAGGAGGCAGAGAAAGAGAAAUUUGAAACUCCAGUUAAAAAUAAGGAGGCAGAGGAAGAAUAUGAUGAUCUUUUGGAUGUUCUCCCUGAGAGUCUUCUGCAAUCGAUUAGAGAAAAGGAAAUACAAGCAAUGGAGGAAAGAGAUCCAGCUAUUUCACAAGCAAAGAGACGGCGAAAAAUGAUCGCUGGCCUACCUAAGAUCUUUAACAUGAUUCACCUCUUAAGGCCCUGUUCUAUAAUAAAAAAAAUGAUUGACUAUUUUCCAGCUUCCCACUCUAAAUUUACUUUCUUUAUUCUAUUAUUCUCAGGCGAAGUAGAAGAACAAUUGAAUUUGUUGCUUGAACUAGCACCAGAAUGGAUUUCUGAGAAGUUGGCCUCUAGUGGAGAUUUCCUUUUCUGCAUAAAUAAAAUGGUGGACGCCGUGACCAUACGCGCAUCACUUCAAGAAGCAAAAUGAACAAGAAUGGGAGAAUGUUCUCAGAAUUGUAGUUAAAGGUUUCACAAAGGACAUGAUUACGUUUCAUUUCUUUGGUCUGAGUUGUACAUCAGUAAAUGUUAGAACUAUUCCUGAGAUAAGUAGCUAUUGGCAUAUGCACAAAACCUCUUUUUUUUAGUAAAUGGUGUUCAACACAGUCCCUUGCUCCCUUUGGUAUUUUUCCCGUUAGUGGUGUCAGAAAGGCAAGAGAGAGCUUUGUGUAUAUUCAAAUACACUUUUUUAUUUUUAA